AUGAGUACAGACAUCGUCGCUUUGGAAAAUGAGGUGAAGGAAUUCAAGCUUCAGCUUGAGUCUGUUCAGUCAAGCUUGCAGGUAGAUCCAGACAAUACCGAGCUCCAAAGCCUUAAGACUGAGCUUGAAGAACUUAUAUCACUUACCGAACAAUCCAUUGCCGAAUUGCGACCAGCAUCUGUACCUACGCCCGCCCAAUCGAAACCGUCAACUCCCCCGGUAAAAGAAAAGUGGUCUAAAGAGAACCAUCCAGCAUACCAAGCUGGUUACCGGAAAUCUGCCGUUGAGGCUACCCCCGUCGAAGAGCCUUUGCACUCUGUUUCGUUCUCGGUUAACGACAACGUUCUCGCCAGAUGGGUAUCUGGAGAUAACUCUUUCUAUCCAGCCCGUAUCACCUCAAUCACCGGUUCCUCCACAAAUCCAAUAUACAUUGUUUCCUUCAAGUCAUACUCGACCACCGAGACUCUAACCGCAAAAGACAUUAAACCCAUCUCUAAUGAUUCUCGAAAGCGCAAGGCUGAUGGGAUACCAGGAACACCAGGCCCGCAGUCUCUACCGGCGAAUUCCAGCGUUAUAUCCGCUGCCGCUGAUAUUAACCCAGCUCUAGCCAACAAGGCUCGAACUGAAACCGUCAAGCCUGCCGAUGGGUCCCGCCCUGCUAAAAUGCCUCGAAAAGUGAAGGCCAAUAAGGAUCUGGAGGCGGGAAAAGCAAAGUGGCAAGAUUUCGCUAGCAAGGGUAAAUUUGGCAAGUCUUCUAAAAAGGAGAGCAUGUUUCGUACUCCAGAAGGCGUCAAUGCUCGUGUUGGAUUCACCGGAUCGGGCCAGCAGAUGCGCAAGGAUCCGGGCAGGAGUCGACACGUAUAUCAGCAGGAAGAAGAUACCUACUAG